UAUUUAAGAAAAUAUGAAACAUGUCUGCUUCAUGCUAUUAUACCACAAACACAACUUGUUUCAAUGGUUUCUCUCUUCUCCACACCUUACUAUAUACCUUUUCUGAUUCUCUCCAGCAAAUUUCCAGCUUCCAUGAUCAAGGAAAUAUCUCACCUUCCUUUUUUGCAAAAUAAUUAUUUUUCUCAUUUCAUCAAAUACUUUUCUUGCCUUUUCUCUUUGGUUUGGUGGGUUCCCCAUUGACCAUGGCAACUGAAGCUUCCAUGAAUAAUAAUAACCAAGGAGCUAGCACCAUUGAAAAUAGAGAUGAUAUCUCAAUUCAAAAGGGUGUGGCAUCAUCUGAAAUAACUGAGGAACUCCCAAGUGGACAACAAAGAACAAGGCAAAACCUUGGUAUAGAGACACAAAUAAAAACACAUGAAGAAACAAAAGAAGAUUUUUUGAGAAUAAAUAUACCAUUAACUCCAUCACCAAGAAGAGUGAUAUUUUCCCCUUGUACAAGUCCUGGUUAUUUCGUUGAAACCAAUGAUUCCCCAAGUCCCUCUAGUUCUAAAAAUAGAUCCACUCUUAAAAAAACUUUUAUUCCUAAACUCAGUUUUAAAUUUAAGAACACAACUUCUGAGAUUGAAAAAGCUGCUUUCCUUGCACUUGAAGGCUCGUCCACAUUGCCGUCGAAAAAGCCUUUUCUUUCGAGGACAUUGUCUCGAAUGAAAUCGAGAGGGAGGAAAACAUCUUCAUUGCCUGUAUCGCCGGUUCCUCGUUCAAAUCCAGUGUAUGUACAUGGAGGGAAAGGUUUUCCAGCAAUGGGUAGUGAGAAAGAACUGCAAUUACCAAUUCAUCGUUCCCGGUCUGUUCCUUCCUUCACCGAAGACGAUACUCAUGUAGGUGGCAUGUUUCGUAUAUUUCGAACCAUACCACAGUUUAAUGAGAAAAUUACCACCACAGUAUCUGUGGCAUCUCCAAAGGGUGAAAAUGUUGAAACUGAGGAUGGAGGGGAAGAUAUUCCUGAAGAAGAAGCUGUUUGUAGAAUUUGCAUGGCUGAAUUGGGAGAAGGUGCUGAUAAUUUUAAAUUGGAGUGCAGCUGCAAAGGUGAGCUUUCACUGGCACACAAAGAAUGUGCAGUUAAAUGGUUUGGCAUUAAAGGUAAUAGGACAUGUGAUGUGUGCAAGCAAGAAGUUCAGAACUUACCUGUCACUCUUUUAAGACUUCACCAAGCUAACUUGCAAUUGAGCAGAGGUCACUUAGAUGAAACUUCUCAAUACAGGGUUUGGCAGGAUGCCCCCAUUCUUGUCAUUGUCAACAUGCUGGCUUACUUUUGUUUUCUUGAGCAGCUUCUUGUUUCAGAUAUGGGAUCUAGUGCUAUUGCCAUGUCCCUUCCCUUUUCUUGUAUACUUGGCCUUCUUGCAAGCAUGACAGCUACAACCAUGGUGAGGAGAAAUCAUGUUUGGAUUUAUGGAACCAUGCAGUUUUGUUUGGUGGUUCUUUGUGGACAUCUUUUCUUCAAAUUGACUAAAAUGGGAGCUGUUUUGGCAAUCCUACUAGCUACAUUUGCUGGGUUUGGAGUUGUAAUGUGUGGAACAUGUAUUCUUAUAGAGAUCUUGAAAUGGAGGAGAAGAUGGCUUGCUCAGUUGAAUCAACAGAAUGUCGGUUCCGAGGAUGCGGUUCUUCCCGAUCAAUCAUCUGCAGCCACUCAUCAAGUUCAAAUUGAUUCUCAACAUACUGAGAGUAAUGUGGGCAACUCUCCUAGGCAAAUGAGCUGACAGAAUACAUUUUUCAUAUUUUCUCGAAUGCUAGCAUCAUUAAGGUGUCUGAGUAGCAUAAAGUUCAUAUUGUAUAGGCAAAUUUGAGCACAUUAUUUUCUUGUAUGUUUAGGAACAGAAAUUUAUCAUGUGUGAUUUCUGAAAUCUCUCAUCAGAAACAAAGAUUUUUUUUGUAUACCAGAAUUGUUGGGCCACGACCAGAAUUGUUGGGCCACGAAAGGAUGGUCAAGGAUUCAUAGUUAGAAGAAUUCUGCUCUUCCCCCUGCA